UAUAUUGAGUAUUGCAUUGAAAAGACAGAGAAAAUAAAAGAGACAAAAAGACAUACCAGAGCAUUACUCCGAAAUAUAAUUUUCUCUCAUUUGCGUUGGGGCCAUCAAGCCAGCGUGGUCUAUAUUUAAUAUUAAUUUUAUUAUUUAAUUAUAAAUAAUUAUUAAUUAAAUCGUGAAGUUAAAUAAUAGAUAACAAUAUUAUUUGAUUAGUUUUUUUUAUUUUUAUAAUAAAAUUAACUAAAGGUGCAUCAAAUAACAGCAGAUUAUUACUUGGUGAAGAUAAAUAACAAGAAUCAAACAUGGUUCUCAAUGGAAAACCAGCAACAGAGUUGGAGACUUUUUUGCCUCAUGAUGGCCCAGGAGCUCUCACAACAAAAAAUAAAAUUCAAAUAACAUCAAAAGAUGCUGAAAAUGGUCUUUUAAAUCAAAAAACUUUUGAUCCAUUUGCUGAGCGUAAUGUAGAAAAUCCAACAACUGAUGGUGAUACUUUGACACAUUUACUUAAAGCAUCACUUGGUACUGGAAUACUUGCAAUGCCAUGUGCAUUUAGAAGCUCUGGUUUUGUUCUUGGAAUAGCUUCAACAAUUUUUGUUGCAUUUAUUUGUACCUAUUGUGCUUAUAUACUGGUAAAAUGUGCUCAUGUAUUAUAUCAUAAAACUCAAAAAACUCAAAUGAGUUUUUCUGAUGUUGCUGAAGCAGCUUUGGAAUUAGGACCAAAACCAUUUAGAAAAUUUUCAAAAGCAUCAAGAUGGAUUAUUGAUAUAGGAUUAUUUAUAACAUAUUUUGGUACAUGCAGUGUUUAUGCUGUUAUUGUUGCUACAAAUUUUAAAGAAGUAUAUGAUUAUCAAUUUGAAACAAAUGUUAAUAUACGAAUUUUCAUAGCAAUAUUAUUACUACCAUUUGUAUUAUUAACAUGGAUACCAGAUUUAAAAUAUCUUGCACCAGUAUCAUCACUUGCUAAUGUAUUUAUGGGAUCAAGUCUUAUUGCAAUUUUCAUUUGGCUAGGAAGUGAUUUAUAUUAUAAUGAUAUUGGUAUUAAACGUCCUGGUUUUGAGUGGGCUGGUGUUAGUAAGGAAUAUGCAACACCAUGGUAUGCAAAAUAUCCACAAUUUUUCAGUUUAACAAUAUUUGCUAUGGAAGCUAUUGGUGUUAUAAUGCCACUUGAAAAUAAAAUGAAAACACCACAAAAUUUUGUUGGUCCAUUUGGUGUACUUAGCAAGGGUAUGUCAUUUGUAACUGUUAUUUAUAUUAUACUUGGUGUUUUGGGAUACUUGUAUAAUCCAGCUGAUAAAAAAAAUGACAUGAUUACUUUGGAAUUACCAAUGGAUGAUCCAAAUUACACAAUAAGUUUAAUUGCACGUGGAGUUAGAAUAUUUGUUGGACUUGCUGUAUUUUGUACAUUUUGUUUACAAUUUUUUGUCUGUCUUGAUAUUGGAUGGAGUUUUAUUAAAGAUCGUUAUUCAAAAAAUGCUAAACUUGCAAAUUACAUUACAAGAACUGUUCUUGUUGUUUUAAGUGUACUUUUGGCAAUUGGUGUACCUCAAAUAGCACCACUUAUUGCUCUUCUUGGUGCAUUUUGUUUUUCAAUUUUGGGAUUAUUGGUACCAGUAUUUUUGGAAUCAAUAACUUAUUGGGAAAAUGAUAAACAUAGAACUUUUAGAACUAUCAAAAAUGUCGCCAUUUCAAUUGUUGCACUUCUUGCUCUUUAUUUUGGAUCAGAAGCAGCCAUUAUUGAUAUUAAAAGAAAAUUAUUUGCCGGCAAUUCCACCAAGCCAAAUAUUCCAUUGACUCAAAAAAAAAAUCACGACAAAACUCAGCACAUCAAAAAUGGUAUUUUUCCAUCAAAAGAUGUUGAAAAUGAUGAUAAUUUCAAUCCAUUUGCCGAGCGAGUUGUUGAAAAUCCAACCACUGAUGGUGAUACUUUGACUCACUUAUUGAAAGCAUCUUUGGGCACAGGAAUAUUGCAAAUGCCCAGUGCUUUUCGUUGUCUUGGAUGGGGCAUGGGACUUACCAUGACUCUGGUCGUUGCAUUUGUAUGCACCUACUGUGCUUACAUACUGGUAAAAAGUGCACACGUAUUGUACUUUAAAACGAAAAAAACCAGUAUGUCUUUUGGCGAUGUUGCACAAACAGCACUUGAAACAGGACCAGCACCAUUUCGAAAAUAUGGAUUGCUAUUGAGAUGGAUUAUCGAUAUAUGCUUGUUUAUUGCAUAUUUUUUAACUUGCAGUGCAUAUGCAUAUAUAAUUGCCAAAAAUAUUAAGGAAAUCUGUAAUGGAUUACAAUAUAGUGCCUCAUUUUCAGAAAACUUUAAUAUUUAUUUACUUGCAAUUCUCUUAGUACCAAUUAUAAUAUUUUCAUACAUUCCUGAUUUAAAAUAUUUGGCACCAUUUUCAAUGAUGGCAAAUGUAUUGAUGGGAAUAGCAUUAAUUGCAAUAUUCGGUUGGCUUGGUGGUGGUCUUAUUAAAAAUGGUAUUCAUUCUCGUGUGCAAUUUAUCGGCAAUAUUCAAUUAUUGCCUAAUGAAACAAAUUCUACAGCAUUUAAUUCUACAAAUUCUCCAAUUAUUUAUAAAGAAUCUUCAUGGAUCUUAGAAUUACCUAAAUUUUUGUAUAUAACAAUUUUUGCUAUUGAAGCUAUUGGUGUUAUUAUGCCACUUGAAAAUAAAAUGAAAACACCACAAAAUUUUGUUGGUCCACUUGGAGUUUUGAGCAAGGGUAUGGGUAUUGUUACAAUGAUUUAUAUUGCUCUUGGUUUAACUGGAUACUUAUGGGAUCCAACAGUGACCUCAGAUCUUGUUACAUCUGAUAUUAAGAUUGAGAUAAUAGAUCUUUCUAACUUGAUGACUUUUGUUGCUUAUAUUGUGAGAAGUUCUGUUGCUCUUGCUGUAUUUUUUACAUUUACUUUGCAAUUUUUUGUUUGCCUUGAGACUGCAUGGAGAUGCGUAAAAUUGAUACUUCCAAAAGCCGGAACAAAAGAAAAUUAUAUCUUGAGAACUAUUCUUGUCAUUGCAGCUGUAAUUAUUCCAAUGGGGGUGAAACAGUUGGGUGCACUUGUUGGUCUUAUUGGUGCAGUUUGUUUUUCAAUAUUGGGAUUGUUAGUUCCAGCAAUUAUUGAAUCAGCAACUUAUUGGAAAGGUGACAAACACAGAGUUUUGAGAACUAUUAAAAAUGUCAUUAUUGCAAUAGUUUCGAUACUUGUUCUUAUUUUUGGAUCAAUUGAAGCAAUCAAAGAAUUCAGUAAAUAAUAAAAACUUAUUAAGUAUAUUGAUAAAACAAGUCAAU